AUGUGGAUAAUAGACAAUAAAAGCGAAGAUGAGGCGAAAACGUUGAAGGAAAAACAAAGCGAGAAAAACGGUUACUUGUAUACAAGUGCAGAAGGUUAUCUGCGUGAUAAAUCGAAAUUUCAACAUACACGGCGAGAAUAUUCUUAUUUACCAUAUUAUGAAAAUAUCAGUCGAAAUUCUUCUUUCUGGUUAGAGCAGAUAAAAGCGGGCCUGGCCGCCUCCACCUUAUCAUAUGCUGCUGAUUCAGGGAUUUCUUUUUGGAUGAAUCAACUGAGCCAGUAUUUAAAUUUUUUCUGUCAUCGUUUCUCCAAGGCCGAUCAUAUAAAACUUAUCAAGUUUAUUUACAAUGUUAUCUUGGAGCCCGAUUAUGACCGAAGGCUUAUUCAUAAAGCUUGCUCAUUGAUCAAAACGCUAAUUAAUGAUGAGAUAAUCAAACGCAAUGAUGUAACUUUACCGUGGAGACCAAUUUAUGAUUUGUACAUAGAAGUAGCCUUCAAACGAAACAGUAAAAAUUUGGAAAAAUCGAACAUUCGUUCAGCAGUUCUGGCUGUUAAAGAAUUAUUUCCACUAUCAGCAACAAAGGAAAUUCUAGAUGAGAUACGUCCGUUUAUUGAUGUAUGGAAUGAUUAUGCAAUGAUUAAAUUCGUUAAUUUAUUCUCAGCUUUUAUACCACUUAAAAUGUCCAAUGAGGAACACGACCUGUACGGUGCUGGAUUAUGGUACGAUGAGAUAUGGUACUUUUAUAAUUUCGUUGAGAUGAACAGCUCUUGGGAAAGUCCCAUACAACACAUAUUCUCCGCGAUAAGUGAAUAUUGUCCAGGAUAUAUCGAUUGGUCAUCCAAAUACACAAUCAUUUUUUCAAAACUUUUGCGGGCACUGAAUUUAAGUGUACGAUAUAAUAAAGUAGCAGUUGGUGAUGGGACAGGGAUGGGCUCUGAAAGUUCAGGUGCAGAAUGGAUCAUAUGGAUGCUAGGUGGAAUGAAUGAAAGUGCUCAUCGGUGUUUCGAACGGCUGAUCAAAUGCGUCGAAUCUUUUUUACAUCCAUUACAUGAAGGAGGUCAUACGCCAACUCUGCAGUCAUUUUUAGAUGCUCUGGUCAGCGAAAUGGUACGGCGUAUCCGUAUUGAACGAGUGCGUCAGAAAACCAGAAACAAGGUACCAUCAGAAAUGCGCUUUACGGAUGAACAAAUUGAAUGGUUCGUCAGCACAUUGCUUCCAUCCGUGCUUUAUUCGGUGUUUUCAACGACUGAAACAUCAGCAUCUAACGUUAUGCGAAAUUUAGCAUUUCUCGCACCACAACUAGUCUUACCAAAGUGUCUUGACUUAAUUUAUACAUCGCUGUCGACUAUCACAGAACCACAUCGUUUGAAACAGUCAUUGGAAUGUAUUGUUGAAAUUUGCGUGCCUCUGGUUCGUGACAAUGGUACCUAUAGUUACCGAACAUACAAUGUUUGUAAGCAGAACUGGAUUGACGAUAUUAAUAAAAUCACAGAGGACAAAGAAUAUAUAUCGACGCCAUCGACUGUUAUAGAUGAAUUGGAGGUCCACUCUGAUAAUUGUCGAGUACCGCUACGUGAACACGCAAUUUUUCUACUUGAGAUAUUAAUUGAAGCUAUCGAUAUCAAUGAUUUCCAAAAACUCUCACUUUCUUUGCAGACGCUGGAAACCAUUUUUCAAUUAGUCCCAAUUGUGAAUUGUUCCGCUGCUCUUGAAAUGACCAAAUAUAUGGAUUUAAAUGAAGAAGAAAAACGUCUUUGUAAAUUAACAGCGCGAUUCCCAAACAUUGUACAGAAUUUUGUGAAUAAAGUAUUCAAAGUGAUAACACAACUGUCAAGUUCUGCUCCAAGUGAUGGCAUAUCAUACGUGGAUUCGAUAUGUGAUAAUUCGGAUGUAAUUUUGAUGGGGAGUGAAGAAAUUGUGAUAAGUGCAACAAUUCAAAGCGCUUUUCAUGCAUUGUUCUUUAAUUGUUCAUCCAGUUUUGUUGAGCUAAUCGGUGAUCAUACAUACAAAUUCAUUUCUACAUCUGAAUUCGAAAGUGCCGUUGCUGCCGAUGCUGCUUUCUCACUUAUGCAGGAAUCCAUUUAUGCUAAUCCAGUCCGUUAUUUCCCGAUGUAUAUUAAAUUCUUGUUGGAGAAACAAAAACAGUACAUAACAGAAGAGAAGAAAAUAUUAAAAGAACUUGAUGUAACAACAAUGUGGUUUGCAUAUUUAUCGCAAAUGAUCUUCUCUGUGCCCAGCAAUCUCCUACUGAAAUAUCAGGAGGAAUGUAUUCAAAUCCAUAAAUGCAUUAUGUCAAUGAUUUGUUAUAAUGCUUAUCAAGGGGCAUGUUGGUCACUUAAAAAUGUUUUAACACAACUAACAGAAGUUUAUCCUAUAUCGGAGGAAGAUCAACAACAUAAUUUGGAUUUGCCAUUGCAUUUGUCGUUGCCCAUUAAGAAAUGGGGUGUUAAGUGUCUUAAAGAUGUUGUGACCAUAAAAUGGCAUAUUCCAACAGAAGCUGAAGUGGAUUUUGCGGAAAAAUUGUUGGAUGAGUUUGCUUGUUCUGAAGUUCAAUUACUCACAGCCCCGGCAAGUAUGGAUAAGUUUGCAAUCAAGCGUUCAUUGAUCAUCAUCUAUAACUUACUAUCCUGUGUUGGCAAUCGUUUGCCAAUUUUUAACACCAAAGAAAUUAAAUUGAGCGAAACAGUUGUUGAUAUGGAUCCUAUAUGUAUAACAUCCGUGUCACCACGCAUAAAAAUGUUUUCUUUCAAUGGUGAAAAUAUUCGAGAAAAAGUGCGUAUUGUAAUGCAUAAUUUAAUGGAAUUUUUAUUAAGCCAACAGGAUGGUCAAUCCAAAAAUCUUUUUCAUAUUUCGUCUGUCCUGCAUGCGCUGUGUAUUGAACGAUCAAUACCGAGCUUUCGGAUGUACAAGAAGAAUAUAAAAAUAAAUUACAAUGAUCCGAUACAAGGACGUCGUGCUGAACAGUAUGACUCUUUUGAGCAACGAAUUUUCUCAUAUCAAAAAGAUCUAUAUAUUAAAAAUUCCAAAUUCACCGAAUCGCAUCUCAAAAUCAUGAAGGAUCUUGUAAAGCUUGGUACAAACUUUUUCACCGAUGUGCGCAUAGCUUCUCAAGCAACACUGAUGAAACUAAUAGCAAAAUUUCCGAAUUCGAAAUAUUUAUUGGUGGACGAUGUGUUGGAACAUUUGGAUCCAAAGCGCAAUAUCAGUCAUGAAGAAAUGAAAGGAGCGCUGUAUAUUUUGAAAAAAUGUGGAUUUUUGACUUCAAAUGCAAUUUCUCCCCGAUGCAAGUGUUGGCUAGCGAUUGCAAAGCUCAAAGUUUCCGAAAAACCAUCUAUAAUCACCUUGGUACAGCGCUGUACUGAUUCUGUUUCCACGAAACAGUGGACAAUCCAAAGAAACAUCAAUUCAACAAACAUUCGUGUCACAGCGCAAGAACUGUUUACUGAUAUUAAUGCUAAUAAUACAUUUUAUGCGAAAUAUCAAGAAUUGUCUCAUUCACAUGCAAUUCUUAUGUCAAAAAACAAAUUUACUGAAAAGCAUAGAAAAAAUUACGAGAAAAUAAGUAGUUUUCGCAAUGAACUUAUUGAAAUUUGCAAAAAUAAGGGACAGCUAUACCAUUGGCGACAAAUUGAUUCAGCACGAACUUUUCUUUUCACCCUUCAUCGAAAUUUUUUCACGGUUGAAGUGGCGGAAAUAUUUCUGCAAAUGUUGGUUGAUGUUCAUGCAGUUUGGCGACAUACUGCUGCUGAUUGUAUUGCUAAUUAUUUGGAAUGGAAUAAACCACUAACAAAAAGAAUAUUAUGGGACCCACCUAAUAAGGUAUUUGAUCCCAAAUUUAAAUAUGCAUGUGGUUUGAGACCUGAUAAUUUAUGUAUCGUUUACAAUCGUGAUGGCUUACCAAAAGAUGAACAAACUUGGAAUGGAACAAUAUUUGUAUCAAAACCACACUGGGGCGCUUAUCAGUGGCCAAAAAAAUUGGUAAUAUCAGCUCCAGCAAAUGCACAAACAGAACUGCAACGCUCUAUGUCGGAAUUCAAUGAUGUUGAAAAACUAAUACUUGAAUAUAUGAAAGAUAAACAAUUUAUUAUUUUGUGGCAUACUAUCUUAUUGAAGGAGAAGGAAGACAGUGAUGUAUUUUAUGCUGGCGAAUGUCGUUUAGUAAAAUAUUUGUUUCGAAACUUUGGUGUGUUACUGGUGUCGCAAUUUAAGAUGUUGUUAGAAUCUUUAUGUGGUCCUGAGAAUGGACGUUCACUUAUACGACGCACACAGACAAAACUUGCUGCAAUAUAUUGCGCUGGCAUUAUCCGUGGUUCAAGAAACUGGCUUUUUAAUGAUCUGCAAGAGAUGUGGGUCUGGUUGAAACCUAUUAUUGUCUAUCAUAUUGAAGGUUUGAUGUCAGAAACAGUGUAUCAUUGGGAUAUUGCGCUGAAGUUUUGCUUGGAUAUUACUGAUGUGAGGAGAUUUCAUUGGCUCAUAGAAACACUAUUUGAAAUCGCUUUAAAACCUGCCCCGACAACAUGGCAUCGAUGUGUACGAUUGGGUCUUAUACACUACAUUUCUUCUUGCUCAGCUUGGAGAACAACAGAAUUAUUAAAUCAAGUCAUAAAUAUUGCAAAUGUUAUGAUUUCACAAUCGUGGCUGGCAACAGAAAGAGAGCAAAUUGCGAGCGUGCUUUCAUUUCCUGCGGUUUAUGGUUUUGCAAUGGGUGAUGAAAACAAUAUACCAAUGAAAUACAGAAUUCCAAAGUUAGCAGAAAUAAUAGAUAUAUUCGAUACUCAAAUUAAGGAAAUGAUGAAGUCAAGGAAAAUACAAGUAAAUAAAAGAGGUGCAUCUCCUGAAGUUAAAUCAAAGCAGAUAGCAUCAUCACCAUCACCGCCGUCUGCUACUGUUACUUUAUUGAAAAAUUCACCGUGUAUUGCAGAGAAAUUUAACAAACAGAUUGCUACUAAUCCGAAUAUUGUCAUCGUGAGGCGUCAACUAUAUAUUAAAACUCUGCUGAAAUUUUUGAAUCUAUACUUUCAAUCCUGUUUCGUAGCUUUAUCUUCGCCUAUCAUAUCUCUCUUUCCACUUAUAACCCAUCUAGCUGAUGAAGAAACAGCCGACAACGACGAGACAGAAGUGGUACGGGAUGCUGAUUUGACAAUUGGCGCAAGCGAUGUCUUGUUCCAGUCAUGGUCUGGUAUUUAUCUAUGUGACGAACUUGCUGAUGAGAUGUUGAAUAGUGUUGAACAGACAAUGAAUGUGAGUACGAGUUGGAAGGCAUGGGUAUCUAUAAUGAAAUUUCUUCAUGUAUUUAUAUUUUCAAACAUACUUGUUUGCGAAAAGCAAAAAAGGCGUGAAAUUGUGCAACGAAUGAUUUACAAUGCAAUCCGCCACGCACAACUUGAAGUACGACGAGAGGCAGCUGAUUGUCUAACAGCACUAAUACACUGCGGUUUUCAAUCACUCACCAGUUGUUAUAUUAAGGAAUUAUUCAAAUGCACAAAUCAUAAGACACUAAGCGAAAGGCAUGGCGCUGUAUUGGCUCUAUCCGCGGUGAUUCGCGCUUUUCCAUUUACUAUUCCAGCACUAGUAUUCGAUAUGAUACCGAAAUACUGCCAACUCGGCAUUAACUCUGAUUCCUUAAUACGUAACACAGUAACAGAGACACUGCGAUCAUUUUUGCGCACUCAUCAUGAUAAGAUGAUUGAAACGGGCGAAAAGGAUGUGAUACAGAAAUUGCUCGUUUUCAUACAAAAUGUUAUCUCACCCAAUUAUUAUGUAUGA